AUGACCUCGAGAGUCCUCAAUUACUUCUACGGCCCCUUCCUCUCCCUGUACUACCCGCACGAUUCAGCCGCCUAUCGAAAGAUGCUGGCACCGCUCGUGCCCUUCGAGGAGAUGGACGAUGAGCUCAGAUGGGUCGAUGCGAGGGCAAUUCUCGACGAGGGAAAGUCAUGCUUGAAACAUGUGGACAUGAAAGCCCUCGCGGAAGAAGCAGACCAGAGAGGCGCCCAAUAUGAUGCAAUGGACUUGAUCUUGGGACACUAUUCUCAAAUAAUGUCACCGACCUCCGAGAACGAGCUGCCUGUUGUCAAUACUGUAAAUGCGGUGCGCAAGAACUGCAUUAGCUGGGUCUUCAAGCUCGUCCAGCUCGCUGUCAACAAUCACUUGCGUGGCAGGGGCGAACUCAGGUGCACGAAUCUGGACGACGAUUGGUGGUGCUGGUACGUCAGAGGUAAGAGACACGAAUUCACCAACAUCGCGCUCAUAUCAUUCAAGGCAGCCAACAUGCUCCGCUUCGAGGACUUUGACAAUCUCAACGCUCGGCACAGGGAAGACGAGUGGAAGACCAAGCUGGCCACAGUGCAUAAGCAGGAUUAUGUGUCGCAUCCGGAUGUGCUCUUUAAUUCCGGAAUCGCCUACAUCCAGGACAUGAAGGACUUCGCCAAGGCAUUGAACGUGAAGCACGUCGCCAUGAUGGAUUUCAAGUAUCUUGUCACGAUGGAGAUUCAAAACGUAGCUCAGUCUGCUCCACAGAAGCUGCCUGGCCGAGCCGAGUUGACCUGGUUCGAAGAGGGUCAACCGGAGGGUGACGAUGGUCAGACCUUCGUCAUGGUCCUGCUGGGCUUGGUCUGUCGAGCCCUGGAGCGGCAGUUGGCUUCGAGUACUUCCCACCAGGGGCUUGUGUCGAGCAAAGUUACUGGGUCUUUCGUCUUGGCGCCCUACUAG